UUCGUCCUGAAAUAUUUAACUACUAUUUAGAAUUGUUUACGAUGCAGGGGGAAGAUGGAAUGGCAAACAAUAUAACUUCAAAAUGACAAAAAACGUAAAACCAUAAAACAAUACCAAACCCCAAAGAAAUUAAAAUCUGAAAAACCCUGUAUCAACAAUCAACUGCUGAUCAAAUGACAUGUAAAAAUCAAAAGAUGUAUGAACUAUGAAGUGCUUCAAUGAUUAGAGUCAAUCUGUAAAUAGGAAGGGAGCUAAGAUGUCCAACUUUAGAGUGUUUUCAACCAAAUGUGUCACAUUUUUUAGGAAUACAUUUAUUAAUUCUAACUCAACAACAUUAAGGAGAUCUUUUUCACAAAAGUCUCAUCAUACAUAUUCCAAUCCUGAAAAUAGAAUCAGAUUAACAAAAUUAUUAACACAGAUCUGUGGAGGAUGUAUAGCAUGUGGAUUAUCAGCGUAUGGUUUAAAGGACAGGAAAUUUAUUACAAACAAAUUUAUAGUAAAUGCCUUAGAACCUUCAGAUGAUAAUAUACCCAGAAUGCCUUACAGUUUCCUGGCAGACAUUGUAGAUACAGCACAACCAGCUGUAGUCUAUAUUGAAGUUAACAUACGUAAUCCUUAUGGACAUGGCGUUGUGAAAUCUCAUGGAUCAGGAUUUAUAGUACGUGAGGAUGGACUUGUUCUGACAAAUGCACAUGUGAUAAGCCGACAAUCAGUUGUUGACGUAAAGUUACAGGACGGUCGUGUAGUAAAGGGGCAAGUUCAGGCUGUUGAUUCGGUUACUGAUCUGGCUACUGUUAAAAUAGAUGAAAAAAAUUUGCCUGUGCUAAAAUUAGGAAAGUCUUCAGCCUCAAGACCAGGAGAAUUUGUAUUAGCAAUGGGCAGCCCUUUGACCUUAAACAAUUCUGUGACACAUGGUAUUAUUAGUACUGUUAAUAGAGGCAGCCAGGAAUUGGGAAUGGGAGUUCGUGAUAUGGAGUAUAUACAGACAGAUGCAGUAAUAACGAAAGGAAAUUCUGGAGGACCUUUAGUAAACAUGAAAGGUGAAGCCAUUGGUAUAAAUACACUCAAUGUAAUGGCAGGGAUAUCAUUUGCUAUACCAUCAGAUAGAGCUGCAGAGUUUCUGAGAAAAGCAGAAGAGCUGGAAAAGAGAGCUGCCAACAAAGGCUGGUUUGGUAUGGGAAGUAAAGCUGUUACAACAAGACAGAAUCGUUACAUAGGAAUAACAAUGUUUACACUCUCUCCGGAAUUCUUGUCAGAUUUACAAGCUAGAGUUCCCAACUUUCCACAACACAUAACUUCAGGGGUAUUAGUACCCACUGUUAUACAUGGGUCUCCUGCUCACAGAGCUGGAAUUCAACCUGGCGACGUUAUUGUGAGAAUCAACGAUAAGGAUAUAAAAUCUUCAGCUGAAGUUUAUAAGAUCUUAGAGACAAGUGAAUCUCUCAUUGUACAAGUUUACAGACAUAAUCAGAAAUUUCAGCUUACAAUUACACCCGAUACAAUAGAUUGAUAAUAUAUGUAUUGUAUUUAUUUUCUUUAUAGUAAAACUUGUCUCAUUGGCAAUCAUACAAUAUCUUCCUAUUUUUAUAUGUGAAUUACAUGUCUAAACCAGACAUUCGAUAUACUGUUCACCUGAAGAGCAGCAAUACAAGUACUGUGUAUUAAUUUAUUUUCGUGGGUAUCAAUUUUCGUGGAUUGCUAAAAACUUGUAUUUUCGUGGACAUUUGAUUACAUG